AUGGUCGCUACACCAAACAUCGAUCACUUCCUUCUCUGGGCCGCUGUUGCUCUGGGCAUGGUUGGCGCGCUCCCUGUACAGGACUCUACUAGUAUGGUCUCAGCGGAGAGCAGCAUUUCCUCUCCGAUUCCACCAUCAGAGACGAACGAUGAUGUCGCUGCUCUCUGCACUGAUGGUGUAUCUGCCACCAAGCAGAACUCCGCCGGCGGCUAUCCGAUCAACAAUUACACUGUGGUCACUCCCGGAAUGAACUGGACCUCGUACACGGUUGACGGCGACUGGUAUUACAAGCAUUAUGUCUCCGGACCUCAUUACAUGACCUUUACCCAUGCGAGUGAUCCUUUUGGUGCCUUCAAAUGCCAGUUCACUUGCAAUGCCGACUCGAAGUGCGCCUCAUUCUUUGUCUGGUAUGAGGACAUUGGCACUGAAGAUGAACAUCUCAACUGCGUUCUUUUUGAUGCAAUCAUUCCCGCCUCAGCCUUUGUGAAGACUGAAGGUAUCAUCUCAACAGGUGCUUACGACCGACUCUGCGACAGCCACUCCGUCUAG